AGCACUGGUGGGUGGGCACAGGUGGGUGGCACUGGUGGGCACAGGUGGAUGGGCACUGGUGGGUGGCACUGCUGGGCACAGGUAGGUGGCACUUCUGGGCGCAGGUGUGUGACACUGCAGAGUGGCACAGGUGGGUGCACUGCUGGGCACAGGUGGGUGCACUGCUGGGCACAGGUGGGCGGAGCUAGUGGGCGCACUGCUGGGCACAGGUGGGCGGAACUUGCGGGUGGCACUGCUGGGCACCGAUCAUCAGGGCACGUGAGGAAAGUGCAACCUGAGAACCGGCACUUGCAUUUCCCUCUGAUCAGCGUGUCAUUGGACACCGCU